AUGGAAUCGAUUUGGAAGUCCGGCGGCGACCCCAGCGCGUGGCAUCUCAUCGUCGCGGUCUAUUUCUCCUUCGCGUUCGUGGCGGCGAGAUUUCUCCUCGAUAGAUAUGUCUUCCGUCUAUGUAUUUUUGUUUCCAGGCUCUCUUUGAAACUUAUCUACAUGUGCCAAUGUGGGUUCUACAUGUAUAGCAUUGGUGCUCUCUUUUUAUGGGAAACUCGGAGGGAAGGAUUUCUCUGUGAUGAUGUCUCAUCAUAUUGUGACCGUGAUCCUGAUUGCAUUUUCAUAUAUCACAAGUUUGACAGUUCACAGUUGUGUACGCUUCCUUAUAGGUUCUUCCGGAUAGGAGCUGUUAUUCUUGCAUUGCACGAUGCCAUUGAUGUAUUCAUGGAAGCUUCAAAGAUUUUUAAGUAUGCUGAGAUAGAACUUGGAGAAAGUGUGUCUUUCGGUUUGUUUGCCUUGUCUUGGCUUGUGCUUACACUUAUAUACUUCCCGUUUUGGGUCAUACGAGCAUCAAGGUUCGUUUCGAAAUGA